GCCUCCUCGGCCUCCGCUCGCAGCCGCCGCCUCCGCCUCCGCCGGGCUGAGGAGCCGGGAGUCCGCCGCGCCGGCUCGGGGCUGCGGGAUGGGAAGUUAGCGCCACGGCGGCGGCAGUGGCCGCAGCGCACCCCGCCGCCGCCCAGGAGCCCGUCCAGCCAGGGGUGCCGGGCGCGCCCAGCCCGCCCCGGAGCCAGGCCCGCGGGCGGCGGCGGAGCUGGGCAGGUGGAUGCGGCUGGAAGAUGGCGCCCUCGGGCCCGGGCAGCAGCGCCAGGCGGCGGUGCCGGCGGGUGCUGUACUGGAUCCCGGUGGUGUUCAUCACCCUCCUGCUCGGCUGGUCCUACUACGCCUACGCCAUCCAGCUGUGCAUAGUGUCCAUGGAAAACACUGGCGAACAAGUUGUGUGCCUGAUGGCCUAUCAUCUACUUUUUGCAAUGUUUGUCUGGUCAUACUGGAAAACUAUCUUUACAUUACCAAUGAAUCCUUCAAAAGAAUUCCAUCUCUCUUAUGCAGAGAAAGAUUUGUUGGAGAGAGAGCCAAGAGGAGAAGCCCAUCAGGAAGUUCUUAGGCGAGCAGCCAAGGAUCUUCCCAUCUAUACCAGGACCAUGUCUGGAGCCAUCCGAUACUGUGACAGAUGCCAACUUAUAAAACCAGAUCGCUGCCAUCACUGCUCCGUCUGUGAUAAAUGUAUUUUGAAGAUGGAUCAUCAUUGUCCAUGGGUGAACAAUUGUGUUGGAUUUUCGAAUUAUAAGUUCUUUCUCCUUUUCUUGGCUUAUUCUCUGCUCUACUGCCUUUUUAUUGCGGCAACAGAUUUACAGUAUUUUAUCAAAUUUUGGACAAAUGGCCUACCUGAUACUCAAGCCAAGUUCCAUAUUAUGUUUUUAUUCUUUGCUGCAGCUAUGUUUUCUGUCAGCUUGUCUUCUCUGUUUGGCUAUCAUUGUUGGCUAGUCAGCAAAAAUAAAUCUACAUUAGAGGCAUUCAGAAGUCCGGUAUUUCGACAUGGAACAGAUAAGAAUGGAUUCAGCUUGGGUUUCAGUAAAAACAUGCGACAAGUUUUUGGUGAUGAGAAGAAGUACUGGUUGCUACCCAUUUUUUCAAGUCUAGGUGAUGGCUGCUCCUUUCCAACUUGCCUUGUUAACCAGGAUCCUGAACAAGCAUCUACUCCCGCAGGGCUGAAUUCCACAGCUAAAAAUCUCGAAAACCAUCAGUUUCCUGCAAAGCCACUGAGAGAGUCCCAGAGCCACCUUCUUACUGAUUCUCAGUCUUGGACGGAGAGCAGCAUAAACCCAGGAAAAUGCAAAGCUGGUAUGAGCAAUCCUGCAUUAACCAUGGAAAAUGAGACUUAACUCUUCAAGCAAGAUAAAUUCAUACUUUAUAAAAGUAUCAGUGCUGUAGAUGGAUGGAAGAGGCUUCCCACAGGAAGGUGCCACCAGUCAGUUGUGCCUAUGUCCCUUUGGCUGGAAAUGCAGAAUAUGAAUUGAUUAGUUCUCUCCAAGCCAUUGCUUAAAAUAUAACAUGUUUUGGAUCCAAUACACACAUUGUUACGACUAACACAAAUUCCUAUUAAAUAUUAAAAGUA